AUGCGAAGGACAUUUCGCCUGCUCGCGGGCGUCAAGCCCGUUCGUUAUCUCGAACCCGGCACCCCGACGGGCCUGACGGGCCUCUGGACACACAACAGCCCCCGGUCGACCCUGCUGUACGUCUACGGCAAUACCCUCGAAAAGCUUAAGGCAAUCCCCGAAACCUCGCUGUACCGCCAGUCCGUCGAAGCCCUGACCAAGCACCGCCUCGCUAUCAUCGAAGCCGCCGUGCCGCCCGGAUAUGAGGAAUGGGAGAAGAAGGCCGAGCAGAUCGUCAAGGAGAAGCCCGAACAGUUCCGUCUUGUUAGCGGCCGUGUCGACGGCAGCGGUGCCCGCACCGUCAAGAUUGGCAAUAGAAUGUUCGUCGUCGCCAAGCAGCACGGGGAGAAGGAUAUUCGUCUGGAGGAGUGGGAUGGCGAGAAGGACGAGGGCGGCACACUGGAGGGCCCGCGCACUGAGAAGGAGCGUCUGGACCACAAGCUCCUUGCUGAGCGCAAGGACUUGAACGAUGUUGAAAAGGUGCAAUGGGAGCCCGAGCCGCAACUGACGGCCGACCAGAUUUCCGAGCUGGAGACCAAGAUUGGAGCUGGUCUCAUCGAGGAGGUUAUCCAAGUUGCCGAGGGUGAGUUGAAGCUUGUGGACACGAUGAUCCAGGCUAAGGUUUGGGAGGAUUUGGAGGAGAAGCCCGUCGAGGGGCAAUGGACUUACUUUGAGCGGAAAUAA